AUGUUCGGCGGUAUAUCUCUGAAUCUCUCAUCAGUACUGUUGGAUCCAAAAUGUUCUCGAACAGAAGUACAAGCCUUUUUCACCAGGCACUGGGGCGAUUCGUUUGUGCCCAAAAAUCGGGUGUCACCGGCAUUGUCCUUGCCUGUUAUAUCACUAGAUCAUUUCAAGAAGUAUCUUAAGACCACUGCUAAGAAACACCGUCAGUGUUUAAAAGCGAAAUAUGAACUUCAGCGUGCAUUAGCACGACAUGAGAAUGAUACACGUAUCGAUGUUGAUGAUGUACCAGUGAUUCUCCUGGAUCCGCACUUUUCACUGGCUGAUUUAUCCACUUUCGAAGCAGUUUUUCUGGAACCUGUUCCCGGAGAAGUUGAUCGUUUACAAGUUGAUGGUAAGCCAUAUACAACAUAUCUGGCACAACAAUCUUGCACUAGUGGUACAUCACCUACGUCAAGUAUCUCGGAAGAUUCCAAGUCGUUACAGAUGCAUGAAUCAUACGAGGCAGCAAAUGGCCGUUAUUUUAGGCCAUAUAAUACACUGCAAAAAUGCCUUGAAUAUUAUCAUGAUUUGGUUGAUGCGAGGUUGAACAAUCAAUUGGCACUGAAAUCCAAUACAUUUUGGAAAACAGUUAUCUCAUGUGGAAGUAUAAGUGGUGAAUUGGCAGAUGCUAUGGAAAGGGUUGCUAUAGUAAGGCAAAAUUUGAAGAAAGUGGAUGAAAAGUUGUACCACCGAAUGACAAAUAUUGUAAGUAUGUAUAAAAUACGGCAACAACAGGAGAAAGUAUUGCAGAAAUUACGAGACAUGGCAUGCCUUCGAGAUGCUCAGCUAACCGUUCAAAUGCUAUUAAAUCAAAAUGACUAUCCAAAAGCUCUAGAAUGUAUCGAAACGGCGCAAGAUGUUUUGAACAACGAAUUACGAGGUGUUACAUGCUUCAGGCAUCUCGAUUCCCAGUUACAAGAGCUGCGUAAAGUAAUCGCAAAAAUACUUUAUAAAGAAUUUGUAACUUUGAUACAAAAGGAAAUGGGACGACCAUGUGAAACUGAGAAUGAUGCUGCUUAUCAGGGAAUUCAAUUAAGAAAAGCGGCAUUGAUAGAAGCGGAAAUGCUACGAUUCCACCAUAUAAGCUUUUUAUGUCAUUGUCGGCUUACUGGUGCUAUUUUUUUAAAGGAACACAUGAAUCCGAUUGUAAUUGGUUUAUUGCAAGUGAAGGAAUAUCGUUUUGUUCAUGUAUUACAACAAGAAAUAGUUGUAGCUUUGAAAAAUUCGCUAAGACAGAUAAUAAAAACACAUGUGGUACAGAAUAUGGGUGAUCAGGAAUUAGCAGAGUUCGAUCCAUCACUUGGUAAUUUGAGCACUCAGAUGCGAAGGUUGAAUUUCGAUCAGUGGUUCGCGACAUUGCAGCAUGUUUUACGUGUACUUUAUUUGAUGUGCUGCAGGGUACAGAAUAUUCAGGAAGUUAUCCUGGAUAACAUUAAUCAUUUUUCGGAAAUUAUUGCUAGAAGACCUAUGCCAGAUCAGGAAAUUACCGAAGAGAUCGAUCCUAUCCAGGAAUCUAUGGAUCCAGAUAAAUUCACGUCUGCAGUUAAUAAUAUAUCAGUUCCAAUACAGGCAACAAAUGCUGAUGAAGAUAUUGCAAAAUUGGAUACAGAUGAUGAAUUGGAAGUAGAAAUCAAACGUGUAUUGAGAAAAAGUUCACUAGAAAUGAAAAAUAUUCCAAUCCCAUCAUCGAAUGAAGAAAAAGCUAUAGAAAAUGUUGAAAAUCAACAAAAUGCUAACUUUAGUAAAGUAGAAAUGGCUUCCCAAGUAGGAAAUAUUAUUUCCGAUAUGGUAAUGACCAUAUCAACAGCCGCAACACCUUCUUCUUUUUUGUCAGUACCAUGCAGAAUGAUCAGUCAGGUAAAACUGUCAAUAGCUUUCCUUACUGAACAUACAACAUAUACGGCUCAGGAACGCAGUUCUCGUCUAAUAGCUGCUAGAUCGAAAGAUGGCUUCCUUGAAAGAUUGUCAUUGUCCGAGUUUGACAGUGUAAUGCGUGCUGUAAAAGAAUUUGUCUGUAAUUGCCAAACGUUAAUUGGAAGCGAAAAGAAAUUCUCUUCACCUUUGCGCUUGUGUGUUCUUCAGCAAGGCAGUAGUUUUAUUAAGAAGUUUCACGAAGAUCGAAAAACCAAACUAAGUAAUAUUCUGGAUACGGAAACUUGGCGUGCCGGCGAUGUACCGGAGCACUUUCAACGACUUGCUGAUUUGUGUUUGCGAACAAAUUGUUUAUCUGAUAUAGGGUCCUUAGAAAUUGAAAAUUCCGACGAAUUUAAACCUAACUUACUGGUCGAUGGGGAACCAUAUGUUGCUGUAGGAACAGCCUUUAUUCUACUGCAGAUAAUGGCACAAUACUGUGAUGCUUUAGUUGUACUUCCAGAAUAUGCUUCCGAACUAUUGAUGUGUUUAGUAGAGUUGUUGAAAAAUUACAAUAGUCGUAGUUGCCAGUUGAUUCUUGGAGCAGGCGCUUUACAGUUGAUUGGCCUCAAAUCGAUAAGUGUCCGACAUUUAGCUCUUUCCUCGAGAAGUCUGCAAUUAAUUCUUCGAUUUGUCCCAUUUAUUCGAACCACGUUUCAAGAAAAACUUCCUGCUGACAAACAGCCUUUACUGCGACAUAUCGACCAGUUAGUUAGGGAUUACAAUGAUCAUGUGCAAGAAAUUGUGAACAAACUGAUUACCGUCAUCGACCACCAUCUUAUUGUACAACUUCAAGCGUGGAAUGUAAAAGGCUCCAUACCAUCGCCAGCAUUCCAGCAAAUGUGUCGACAGCUUGGAAAAUUCUACAAUGGCCUUACCGGAAUUAUGCCAGAAAUUAUGAUUGAAGUAGGCUUGUUUUUACGGGUUCACAAGAAUUUUAAGGAUAAUCUAAAAGCUCAUUUAACUGUAAUGAAUAUUACUCCACACGAUUCACUCACAUAUGGAUUGGUGAGCCAAGAAUAUGCGUUCUUCAUCAAGAACUUGCAAGCCAUACCAUGUUGCGCUAAUAUAAAGGAUGAAUCAAUCAGCGAAGCUCUUUUCUCCAAAAAUUAA